UUUGAAAAGUCUUAUGAAGAUUGGACUAUUAUUUCUGAAUGUUCCACGAAUAUUGUAAAUCGGUCGUCCAUUGACUGGUUGUACGUGACUCGACUGCACCUAGAUUUUCAGUCCCAGCAAGAAUUUAAUGCUAUUGUUAUGUAUGUUCGUGGAAAAUCCAGAAACAAAAGUCCAAUUUUCAUGGACUUUUCAUGGAAAUUUCAGAUCUAGCCAAGUUUAUACGGGAGCGGGAGUAAUUCGCGGUCGAAGGGAAAUAUGAGUGCGAUUGUCUAAAUUCGCCCCACGGAAAGGAGAAUCCAUUAUCUUUAGAGAGUAAUGGAUCCAGAGCUCUACAAAGCUGCGAAAAGGGGGAAAAUUCACGCACUUGGCAAGUUUCCUUCCUAUCAAAUUCUCGAGAGGGUUAGCCCUCAGAAAAACACGGCACUGCACAUAGCUGCCUCCAAUGGCCAUGUGAGCUUCGUCAUGAAAUUGGUUGAAAUAUUCAAAGCAGAUAUUGAGGUAGGGCAUCAAUUUUUGGGAGCAGUUAAUAAAGAGGGAAAUACGGCCCUUCACGAUGCAGCACAGGGAGGACAUGAGAGUGUGGUGGAGCUUCUAUUGAAGGAAGACUGUAAUCUGGCGCAGGUUAAGAAUUGCCAUGGUGAAACUGCCUUGUUCAAGGCUGCUGAGGAAGGGCAUACUAGAAUCGUUAAUAAAUUGUUGCAUUUUAUGCCUGAUGAGGGCUACACCAGAACCGAUGGCCAAACACCUCUUCAUCGUGCCGUCUUCAGACAACACAAAGAUGUAAUUGAGAAACUUUUGCAGAGACCUGGAAUUACUAGAAUCGCAGAUGAGCAUGGUAGAACACCACUCCACAUAGCCGCAUUAAUUCCAGCAGUGCUUCCGAUUUCACAGCUGAAAUUGAAGAGAAUUAGCCAGAUUGGGGAAAUUCUUUUGAAACAUGAUGGAGAUUUAUGUUGCAGAGUGGACAAAAAAGGGCAAACAGCACUUCAUAUAGCAGCGAAAGAAGGGAAUGCAUAUUUAGUGGAAAAGAUAUUACAACAUAACAAUCUUUGCAUCGAAAUGGUAGACAAUGAUGGCCGAAAUGCUCUUCAUCUGGCUGUGAUGAAUGCAUCAAAAAUAUUUUACAGGGUUGGAUAUAGUCUCAAAACUAUAAUAUCCUCCGUCAUGGAAAAGAACUUGGUUGACUGUGCUGACAACAAUGGACAUACGGCAUUAGACUUGGCCAUACAAAAGAUAGAGGAAGAUCCACAACUAUUUAUUGGGAUUAGAAACUAUCUUCUCAGAUGUGGUGCAACUCGGAAGAUCAUGUUCCAAGAUGAAACAACAAAUAAAUUUCCAUCCAUCUUUGAAAAAUCAAAGUGGAAAACUGAAAUUAUAUCAAUAAAUGCAGUGCUAAUUGCAACAGUAGCUUUCACAGUUGCUUUUACUCUGCCAGGAGGCCUUCAAUCUCAUGACCCAACUCCCGCACUGAUUGAUGCAUUCAUCUUCAAGGUGUUUGUGCUAUCUGAUACUUUGGCGCUCUGUUUUUCUAUUUCAUCAGCCGUUCUCCUCUUCUAUGCACUUCUGGGCAACGGAACAGAAGAUCCCCUGCUUACAGGUUUCAGUUUCAACGCAUUAUGGAUAGCUUUAGUGUCACUUGCAUUCACAUUUGGUGCAGCAAUUCACUUGGUUGUGGCACCCAAGUGCCCAUGGCUAACAGCACUUGUAUGGCUUAUGGUUUGCAUUCUUCCUGUAGCGAUCUGGUUAUUUUCUUUCAGUGGAAAAUUGUACAUGUUCAAGGAACAUAAAUUCUAUGUCCGUUACGUUAUAUUGGACUCCUUUGUCCAGUUGAUGGUAGCCCUAGGCCACAAAGACACGCCAUGGGGUCUUCAAAGAAUUCAAUAUUAAUCUACAUUUUACUUGCAACUAAUAUUCUUCUACUUGUAGUUCGUUCAAGUAUGUUUGCCAGUUGUGAACAAGGCUUAAUAUGUAGUUCAGUUGUAGCUGGAAAAACAAAAUGAAAAUUGUGCCGAAGUUGGAUUUA